UCUAAGUCAGACUAGUAUUCUUAGAGGUAUUCCACGCUGAUGCAUAAAGAAAGAAGAGAUGGCCUAAAUCAGAAAGAAAGAAUUUAGCAGGUGUGGUAGCUGCGUACUAGUGUUCAAUUGGUUAAUCAUUUCUUAAUUCAUGGAAGAAAACACCAUACACCCGGAGCUCCAAAAUAUUUAUAGCUUCGAAUUCAACUCCUCUCCGGGACAUGACUUAUUCUCCGAUGAUGACGACAGUGAAGAAGAAGGAGAAGACGGAUACAUCGAAAUAGAUCUUGAACCCUUACCCACUGACACGCACGUAGAAGGAGAGGAAGAAAAGAGCAGUGAUGAUGAUAAGGAAUUGGAGUACUUCCCAGUUUCAUUUUCGUGGAGAACUUCCCUUCCCUCCCAAGAAUUUUCCUCCUCAACCACUACAACUUCAACUUCUUCAGCAGCAACUAGUUUUUUAUGUCCAAUUGAUACUCCGGUGUCUCAACAGGCGGCGAUGUCUGAGCUUCCACAAUUGCGCACCAACAUUAAUAGAGAUAGUUGGAAACUGGUGCAGAGCAGAAAAGCUUCAACAAGGGUGGUCACCACUGCGAUGAACAAUAGAGUUGCCAAGUUAUUGGUCAAGUUUAAAUCCAAUAUUAAGCAUUUUCGGUCCAUGAUUGCUUCAUUAACCAGGGCAAGUUAUUUCUCCGGGAGGCAACAGGGAAGACAAUAUUAACAAAAAAACAGAAUCAGUGAGUGUUUGGAAUUUUGAGAGGGUAAUCAAACCAUUUGAGAGAUGGUCGGUGCAAAGGAAAGGGGGAGAUCAGAGCACCAACACCAAGCAGCCCUACAGAAAUGGUUCUGAAAUAAACUUGGACGCAGUUAGAGGGUUCAUCUUAGAGGCUAUUAACAAUAUUGGACGCAGCAAGGGUAAAAUAAGAAAAAGCAGCCCAAUUUCAACUGAGUCUUCGCCCAAUCAGAAUAAGGUUUUUGCAAGAGACAAUUCAGUUCAGGCAGCCAUUGCUCACUGUAAGAGGUCAUUUGACCAAACGCCCCAUUUCAAUUCUUGAACGUGUUACUUCAUAGGCUUUGUUUUUUUAUUUUUUUUUAUUUUUUUUUAAACAGAUAGGGAGCUAGGCAAUUUGUAAUGAAUCAUAAAAGUCAUUUCAACUAUGUUAGUUUUACAUCUUCAAUUUUGAAUGGUCCAGUGCUCUCAUGCAACUUCUUUUUAGUGUGCAUCAGUCCUCUGGGCUCUCUGAGAUGAU